UAGUUUUCUCUCUUCUCGACAGCCUUUACGCGUCGCGGAGUUUGACAUCGCUGGGAGGAAUAUGUCCUGUUGGUUGAAGGAUGAGACUCUGGUGUUGGCAGAAGACUACAUCGACUUCUGCAACGGAAUCCAACGGACACCUCCCAGCGAGUCAGCUCAAGCCAUGAGACACUUGGCCAAGGAGAUGGAGCAGCAGCAUCAGUCCAAGUUCCGCUCCCUCUCCCAAACGUUCCUGGACACCUGCGGCUCGGAUCCAAGCGCCUGUCUUAGGAGAGUGAUGGUGGAACUUGUAGGGGAUGGAAAGCUAAACUGGGGGAGGGUCGUGUCCCUCUUCACUUUUACGGGAGUGCUGGCCAGUGAACUGUUUUCCAGGGGAGAGGAUAAAUUGUGCUGUCGGAAGUUGGCGGAAACCAUAGCCGACUAUUUAGGAAGGGAAAAACGAGAUUGGCUUGUGGAAAACGAGGGCUGGGAGGGUUUCUGUAAAUUUUUCCGCAGUGCAUCAGAAGCGAACCAGGUGGAGUCGUCGGUGAAGACAGCUCUUUUUGCGGCCGCUGGGGUUGGCAUUGCCGGCCUCACAUUUCUCCUGGUGCGCUGAACCUGCUCAAAAAUCCUCUGUUUUGUCCUCUCUCUCUCUCUCUCUCUCUCUCUCUC